GUGCCGGGGAAGUGAUAGGCGCGGGAGCGCGCCUGCCUCGGCUCUGCUUGCUGAGCCGCCGAGCCGGCAGCAGCAGUAGCAGGAGGAGGUGGAGGAGUAAGAAAAGCGUGGCUGCCGGUCCCCAUCCACACUCUCCCCGGGCGGAGGGGCUGCACCUUCCCGCAAGGCAGUGACAUAAAGACCUGUCAUACAGGGAAUAAGAAAGAAGGUAGAGACCAUCUUGCUCAGAAGCUAUUUGUACAAAGGUUUCUUGUCUAUAUUCACGUAACUAUUCCAACCUACCUAGUCUGAUGAAGUUGAACUUCAUUCUUCAAGUGUGAUUUACUCAAUGCAGCCUAAAAUCAUGAUGAAAAAGAAGAGUAUAUCUGCAAGCAAAGCUUCCUUGGUCCUCUUUCUGUGCCAAAUGAUUUCUGCAUUGGAUGUACCUCUUGACUUGUCGCAACCUCCUACGAUAACUCAGCAGUCUCCAAAAGAUUACAUUGUUGACCCUCGAGAGAAUAUUGUAAUACAGUGUGAAGCGAAAGGAAAGCCACCUCCUAGCUUCUCCUGGACACGCAAUGGAACUCAUUUUGAUAUAGAUAAAGAUGCACAGGUAACAAUGAAACCAAAUUCAGGGACCCUUGUCAUAAAUAUUAUGAAUGGUGGGAAGGCAGAAGCAUACGAAGGAGUAUACCAGUGUACAGCAAGGAAUGAAAGAGGAGCAGCCAUUUCCAACAAUAUUGUAAUAAGGCCCUCUAGAUCCCCUUUGUGGACGAAAGAAAAACUAGAACCAAAUCAGGUUCGAGAAGGUGAUUCACUAGUGCUACACUGCAGACCUCCUGUUGGAUUACCAUCGCCUAUAAUAUUUUGGAUGGACAAUGCUUUCCAAAGGCUGCCUCAAAGUGAAAGAGUUUCCCAGAGUCUAAAUGGAGACCUUUAUUUUUCUAAUGUACAACCAGAAGACACCCGGGAAGACUAUAUCUGCUAUGCAAGAUUUAAUCAUACACAAACUAUACAGCAGAAACAACCCAUUUCUGUAAAAGUCUUUUCAACGAGGCCAGUUACAGAGAGGCAGCCGGUUCUGUUAACACCAACAGGUAGCACAAGUACCAAAGUGGAACUCAGAGGAAAUGUGCUUUUGUUGGAGUGCAUUGCAGCUGGAUUACCCACACCAGUAAUCCGUUGGAUUAAAGAGGGUGGGGAACUGCCAGCCAACAGAACGUUUUUUGAAAACUUUAAGAAAACUCUCAAGAUUAUUGAUGUUUCAGAAGCUGACUCUGGAAACUACAAAUGUAUAGCAAGAAAUCCAUUAGGUUCUGCUCAUCAUGUCAUUUCAGUAACUGUGAAAGCUGCCCCAUACUGGAUAACAGCACCCAGAAACUUAGUCUUGUCUCCUGGAGAAGAUGGGACAUUGAUCUGCAGAGCUAAUGGCAAUCCCAAGCCUAGUAUAAGCUGGUUGGCAAAUGGCGUUCCCAUAGCAAUUGCCCCAGAAGAUCCCAGCAGAAAGGUGGAUGGUGAUACCAUAAUUUUCUCACAUGUGCAAGAGAGAUCAAGUGCUGUCUAUCAGUGCAAUGCUUCUAAUGAAUAUGGAUACUUGCUAGCAAAUGCAUUUGUGAAUGUUCUGGCUGAGCCACCAAGGAUUCUAACUCCUGCUAAUAAACUGUAUCAAGUCAUUGCAGAUAGUCCUGCAUUGCUAGACUGUGCUUAUUUUGGUUCUCCUAAGCCUGAAAUUGAAUGGUUUAAGGGAGUGAAAGGUAGCAUCUUGCGUGGAAGUGAAUACAUUUUCCAUGAUAAUGGAACCUUGGAAAUUCCGGUGGCUCAAAAGGAUAGUACUGGUGCUUACACAUGUGUAGCGAGGAAUAAAUUAGGAAAGAUACAAAAUGAGGUGCAAUUGGAAAUUAAAGAUCCAACAGUGAUAAUUAAACAGCCAGAAUACAAAGUGAUUCAGAGAUAUGGCCAAGUUUCAUUUGAGUGUAUAAUAAAACAUGAUUCUACCUUAUUACCAACUGUUAUAUGGUUGAAGGACAAUGAUGAGCUGCCAGAUGAUGAAAGGUUUCUAGUUGGUAAAGACAACUUGACCAUUAUGAAUGUAACUGAUAAAGAUGAUGGAACAUACACUUGUAUAGUUAAUACUACUCUGGACAGUGUUUCAGCAAGUGCUGUGCUUACUGUUGUUGCUCGGCCAAAUCCACCCUUUGACUUGGAAUUAACAGGUCAGCUAGAAAGAAGUGUUGAACUCUCAUGGAUACCAGGAGAUGAAAAUAACAGUCCUAUUACAAACUUUGUGAUUGAAUAUGAAGAUGGACUGCACGAACCAGGGGUAUGGCAUUACCAGACGGAAGUUCCUGGAACUCAGACAACAGUACAGUUGAAGUUGUCUCCGUAUGUCAACUACUCAUUCCGUGUGAUAGCUGUCAAUGAGAUUGGCAGAAGCCAGCCAAGUGAACCAUCUGAGCAGUACCUGACAAAAUCUGCAAACCCUGAUGAAAAUCCUUCUAAUGUGCAAGGGAUAGGCUCAGAACCUGAUAAUUUGGUAAUAACAUGGGAGUCUUUAAAAGGUUUUCAGUCUAAUGGACCAGGGCUUCAAUACAAAGUCAGUUGGCGACAGAAAGAUGUUGAUGAUGAAUGGACAUCUGUUAUAGUUGCAAAUGUAUCUAAAUAUAUCGUGUCUGGUACACCAACUUUUGUUCCUUAUGAAAUAAAAGUGCAAGCUUUAAAUGACUUGGGAUAUGCACCAGAGCCAUCAGAGGUGAUUGGACAUUCCGGGGAAGACUUGCCAAUGGUUGCUCCAGGCAAUGUGCAGGUUCAUGUUAUUAACAGCACAUUAGCAAAGGUGCAUUGGGACCCAGUUCCACUAAAAACUGUCCGAGGACAUCUUCAAGGGUACAAAGUUUACUACUGGAAAGUGCAGAGUCUAUCCAGAAGGAGUAGGCGACAUGUAGAAAAAAAGAUCUUGACUUUCAGAGGAAACAAGACUUUUGGAAUGUUGCCAGGGCUGGAACCAUAUAGUACUUACAAGCUGAAUGUUAGAGUUGCUAAUGGUAAAGGAGAAGGACCAGCAAGUCCAGACAAAGUAUUUAGGACCCCUGAAGGAGUUCCCAGCUCACCCUCCUUUUUGAAGAUUACUAACCCAACAUUGGACUCUCUGACGCUGGAGUGGGGUUCACCAACCCAUCCAAAUGGUGUUUUGACAUCAUAUAUACUGAAGUUUCAGCCAAUCAACAACACACAUGAAUUGGGUCCCCUGGUAGAGAUAAGAAUUCCUGCCAACGAGAGCAGCUUGAUAUUAAAAAAUUUAAAUUACAGCACACGGUACAAGUUUUACUUUAAUGCGCAAACUUCAGUUGGAUCAGGAAAUCAGAUAACUGAGGAAGCAGUAACAAUUAUGGAUGAAGGUAAGAUGGUGCAGCCACUUUAUCCAAGGAUCAGAAAUGUUACAACAGCUGCCGCUGAGACCUAUGCCAAUAUAAGUUGGGAGUAUGAGGGACCAGAUCAUGCGCACUUUUAUGUUGAAUAUGGUGUAGCAGGCAGCAAAGAAGAUUGGAAAAAAGAAAUUGUAAAUGGUUCUCGAAGCUUCUUUGUGUUAAAGGGUUUAACACCAGGAACAGCAUAUAAAGUCCGGGUUGGUGCUGAGGGCCUGUCUGGUUUUAGGAGUUCAGAGGAUGUGUUUGAGACAGGUCCAGCAAUGGCAAGUCGGCAGGUAGACAUUGCUACUCAAGGAUGGUUCAUUGGUCUUAUGUGUGCUGUUGCUCUUCUGAUCUUGAUAUUAUUGAUUGUUUGCUUCAUAAGGAGGAAUAAGGGUGGAAAAUAUCCAGUGAAGGAAAAGGAGGAUGCACAUGCUGAUCCAGAAAUACAGCCUAUGAAGGAAGAUGAUGGAACAUUUGGCGAAUACAGGUCCAUGUCUACUUGGACAGGAAAGAAACUGGACAAGGAAAAGAAAAGAAAAGGUAGCUGUGCCAAUUCUCCUGAAGCAGACCCUGUAUUUACCAAAGCAAAGUCUGUGAGAUCUGACAGAUCGAACUUCUUCAGAAGGUCAGGGGAUCAAUACUCCAGCACCAGAUCAGAGACCUCCUACACCAGGAGGAGGGCUAGGCAGUCUUCAGAGCUUGCAAGGGUUAGGUCUGUCUCUGCUUCCCUCUGCCGAGAGGAAAAGAGAUCAGAUGAAUGGAAGUGCAGGCAUGGCUCUAGACAUCAUGCUUCUGAGCAACAGAUAAUGGGGUUGGAGGAGGGCUCAGAUUCUCAGGCAGGACAGCCAUCCCCUUUCCAGCAACCCCUCAGCUGCAACUCAAUUCAUGGCUCACUGACAAGGCAGCAUUCUUCUCUCCAACACUGGUUCAGCCAGACCCCCGACUACAGCUCAGAUUCAGAAGAUAAUCAGAGCUCCUAUCACAGGAAGGUAAGACCUUCUACUACUACUCACUUCUCUGAAUCUGACAAGAAUUCAUUAAUGAAAUCUGUAAUUUUGCCUGAGUUAGCUACUGUCUUAAAAGAUGCUUUGACAGCAGCCAGACAAAGUAUAACUUCUGUGGCACAGGCUAGAUCCCUUUCAGUAAAACAUCCCAGGGUACCAAUUACAGAAGUUCCAGUGGUUCCUCUAGAAGCUAGUGGGAGCAGUUCCCAAACUUUUGAGUCUGACUAUAUGGACAGUUUAAAGGAUCAAACAGCUUCUGAGAGGGAAAAAUCUGAGUCUGUCAAAGCCUUGGAGGUUGAGUCAUCCCCUGAAGAAUGGGAAGUGUCAUCUGAGUCCCCUAUAGAAGACAAACAGGGACCAGAUCCUCUGCGUAAAUUUGACAUAGAAAAUCAGAACUACCUGUUCAAGCACAUAAAGAGAGUGUUAAUGCUAAAAUCUUCCAAAUCUGAAUGUGCUUCAGAAGAACUGUUUCUCCCAUCUGAAGAAAGCAAGGUAAAUAAUGCACUUCCUAUCCACUCAGCAGUGGAAGAUCUUGUCUGUAAGAUUUGGGGUAAACCUGAGGCAAAGCACGAGGCUCCAGCAGUCCUGAGUAAGCUCUAUCCUUUUCCAGUGGAUAAAGCUGCUUUGUGGGGGACCUUGCCACAGGUAGACAGAGUGUUGGUUACUGGUGAUUCUGUAUUAUCAGUGCCUGCUAAUACUGAUGCUCUCCCUAAAGAUCCUACUGAUAGAAAGGUUGAGGAAGCAAUUAAAAGAUCUUUCAAGCUUGUUGCAGCCCAGCUUGCAGUAUCUAUCUACAGCACUUACGCUUCUAGAGCAUUACUAAUAUGGUUGGAGGAAGAACAAGACAGAUUCAGAAAGAAAUGGGUCCCAUCUGGUGCCAUGCAGAGGAAACGCAGGCUGUGUAAGAUUGCAGCUAAUUUUAUCCAUGAUGCAGCCGAGGAUUCUCUUAGACUCACCGCCAAAAAUAUGGCAUGCCUCACUGUAGCCCGGAGAGCUAUAUGGUUACGUCCUUGGGCCUCAUCGCUAGAUCUAAAAUGUAAACUGCUGUCUUUACCAUACACAGGCGGCAAGCUAUUUGGUGAAUCCUUGGUCCAGAUCAUGAAGGAUUUCUCAGAACACAAACACUCCUUACGUCAACUGAAAAAAAAGAGCUCUCUUGGAAGCUCUUCAUUUUCAUGUUCUCACAAGUGUCAGAGCUCCUUGCGUUCCCCUCCAAAGUUUAAAGGAGGGAAAGGAAAGUAUAACGUCUCACAGUCAUUUCGUGCCAAGUACAAAAGGACAUCUCAUUUUCAGAAAGACACCAGACCACCAAGAGGAACUUUCUAAGAGUAUAGAUUGGCUUCUUCCUUUCUCAGAAACUGGGCAGGGUGAAAGACCUGGAAAUUUAUACUUGAAUAGCCUUCAAUAUUUCCUACAAGAAAGUUCAACACUUAGAAAAUUAGUUGUUUUAAAAUAAGAUUGAAAUUAUUAAAAUACUUAAAUCUUAAUGACUAAUUAAGAUGUUCUAGAGGAGUCGUAGCUCUCAAUUUUAGGGAAGGUUUCUCUCACAUUCAAUUUUUGUGCUUCCCAGUAUUGUUGGGAUGGCUUGGACUUGUUUUGAAGUUUUGCACUCUUCAGCUUCAUCAAAGAGAAUACUUCCUGCACAACCAGCCAACAUCAGAUUUUCCUGCCAUAUCGAUCCAACAAAGGAAUUAAUGCUUAAGGAAAUGCAGGUGCUUCAGGAACCACUGAAUGACCAGGUACACUAUGUCCCUGAGACUGGAGGAAUACCUGCACUUUUACAUAAUAAGGGAAAACAGUACCUCUGUAGCUAACUGCAGUACAAUCACAGUGGUUUCCUGAGUUGUAGAAGACUGAGAUAGCAAAUUGUGGACAGUCAAUGCUUACACCAAGAAACUGCAAGAAAUACAAGAAGUACCACAAGUAUAUGUUUGUUUAAAUUAAAGAAUAUCUAGAGCUCCUGUGCAGGUCAGUGUAGGUGUAUAAAACAGCCUUGAUUUCCACUCUGGGCCCUAAAUCAAGAGAAAUUAAGAAAUUAUGGAAUCUAUAGACCUGUAGAUUCAUGGGUAGGGAGAGACUGAAAGCAUCCAUUUCUUAGUUCAUUUCACAGGAAAUAUGAGUCUAGCAUCUCAUUGCAGUUUGCAAAAUGUCCUUAAGCUCAAACAAGGCAAGGCAUCUGCAGUAGUAGGACUGCUAGUGUGUUAACACAGUAUGUUUGCACAUUUUCUUGUUUAUUUUGCAUUUUUCCUUUAACAUUCUGACACACACAAUAUUUUUCCUAGAAGUUCUUGGAUAUGCAGUGAGAAACUUUCUGAAAAAGGUUGGUAGAGAGUUCUGAGAUAGCUAAAUCAUAUAUUACUCUUCCUUAUUGUUCUGGGUUGAUUAACAAUGAAAAUAUAGUUAGUAACUACAAUAGUAUUUUUUUCUCUUGUAGUUAUUCAAGUUCUGUGGCAGUUUAGGUGUGUUUCCGGGGGGACCUAGCAAUGUUUUGUGCCUCAGCACUGUAAAUAUGAGCUUGGUCCCGUCUCGUGCAAGAGAUUAUGUCAGUGAACUGCCUUAAGAAUUCUUGUCUCUCAACAGUCCGAUUGAUAUGGCAGUGUUCUUAUUGUGUCCUCAUUGACACACACGUGCUUUCUUUAACGCUUAAUUAUUGAACAUCUGUGUCAGUACUUUUUAAAUAAUUGCUUUGAUUUUCCUUUGCAUAAUAUUCCACCAGAAACAGCAAAUGUGGAAAGUUGGUUGGAUUUCACUAAAGAAGAUUUUUCUUUCAAAUUUUCACUUGGAGUCUGUCAGGUUUUUUUUUUACUAGCAACAGUUAUUUUCAACCCAUUGCUAUUUAAAGGCAGAGCUUACCCUCCCAGCUUUUCCAUCUUCUGCCAGGGUUGAGGACUGAGUUUUACAGAUGCUGAUGAAAAAACAGUCAGAAAACUAAUCUAGAUGUGCUUAUGGUUUACCUAGAUGAGAAGUAUCAAAAUGUGUGGAAGUCUGGAUUGAUUCAGGUGCAUAGGGAAAGUAAUUUACAUCUGCACAGCCCUGUCAAUCUAGGAGCAUGACCAGAAACCUGUUAGGUAUUAGGGCAGAGGUUCUCCUGGAGUGUGCAGGGUAGCCCUGGUUGAAGGUACUUCUGUGGCUUUACAUGACUGCUUGUACUUAAACAUUUUUGGGCUAUUCACCUGAGGGCACAGAAAAAGGAAUUUAGUGCCAACAGUUUUCAUCCUCCUGUGUCCAAUAACCCAGAAUGCUUUAGCCAUUUUGUUUGGUUUAUGCUGCCUUUCUUCUGAUAGUCAUGUUAUAAGGAAAAGUAGUAUAUUGCUAACCAUAUAUUGAGUCUUUUUGCAUGUCCAUGAAUGUGGCAAAGUUUGGUGGGAACUAGUUGCCUGCUGGACUGCAGAGCCAUCGUAAAACUGUCUUCCCCAUUCUGACUGGUUGCUGCAUGUACCCAUAUCUAAGGAAGAAAAAUUGAAAAGUUGAAAGAAGAAAGGAGAUUUCAAGUGAUGCAGAGGACCAUAAACCUCUAAAAAAAGGAAGCCGGACACCUUCAGACAGAACUGUGAAAAAAGAAGACAGUGACGAUAGUUUAGUUGACUAUGGAGAAGGUGUAAAUGGUCAGUUCAAUGAGGAUGGCU